ACGUCUCCACGCACACACCUCCCCGAGAGCCCGGCGCUCACACCCACAAACACGCGCGCACACACUCGCGCCGGCCUGUUCAUCUCCCUCCGGGCGGGAGCCGGCGCGCGCGGUCGGUCCCACCUUCGUCACACACACACUGGCCAGGCGAGCUCGCAGCGUUCCACGACUCUGCGGCUCGGAACUCGGACCGCUGCUCUGAACGCCCCCACUGUGGUAUUUAAAAAAAGAGAGAGAGAGAAAGAAAAGACAAGACAUUUCGUUGCCUUCUCCUCUCCUCUCGUCUUUCUCUCACGGUUUUCUACCCGAGCGGCUAGCGGAGCCGGCUGCAUUCCCAAGCCAGCCCUGGUUGGCUUGCCAUCCUCCAUCUGGCUUAUAAAAGUUUGCUGAGCGCAGUCCAGAGGGCUUCGCGGCUCGUCCCCUCGGCUGGCGGAAGGGGGUGACGCUGGGCAGCGGCAGAGGAGCGCGCCGCGGGCUCUGGCGGGCUUUCGGCUCCAGGGGCAAGGUGAAGAGCGCACAGGGAGCUGGGGGCUGCCGAGGUGGACUUGCAUGUUGCACCAUGCCUUCUUGGAUUCGGGCUGUGAUUCUUCCUCUCUCCGGGCUGCUCCUGUCCCUCCCGGCCGCCGCGGACGUGAAGGCUCGGAGCUGCAACGAGGUCCGCCAGGCUUACGGUGCCAAGGGAUUCAGCCUAGCGGACAUCCCCUACCAGGAGAUCGCAGGGGAGCACCUCCGCAUCUGCCCUCAGGAAUACACGUGCUGUACCACAGAAAUGGAAGACAAGUUAAGCCAACAGAGCAAACUCGAGUUUGAGAACCUUGUGGAAGAGACGAGUCAUUUUGUGCGUACUACGUUCGUGUCAAGGCACAAGAAAUUUGAUGAAUUUUUCCGGGAGCUGCUGGAGAAUGCAGAGAAGUCCCUAAAUGACAUGUUUGUCCGGACCUACGGCAUGCUGUACAUGCAGAAUUCGGAAGUAUUUCAGGACCUCUUCACUGAGCUGAAAAGAUACUACACAGGAGGUAACGUCAACCUGGAGGAGAUGCUCAAUGACUUCUGGGCUCGGCUCCUGGAGCGGAUGUUCCAGCUGAUAAACCCCCAGUAUCACUUCAGUGAGGACUACCUGGAAUGCGUGAGCAAGUACACCGACCAGCUGAAGCCCUUCGGAGAUGUGCCACGGAAACUCAAGAUCCAGGUCACGCGCGCUUUCAUUGCGGCUCGCACCUUCGUCCAGGGCCUGACAGUGGGCAGAGAAGUUGCCAACCGAGUUUCCAAGGUGAGCCCCACCCCCGGGUGCAUCCGGGCUCUCAUGAAAAUGCUGUACUGCCCAUACUGCCGAGGCUUGCCUACCGUGAGACCUUGCAACAACUACUGUCUCAACGUCAUGAAGGGCUGUCUAGCCAACCAGGCGGAUCUGGACACUGAGUGGAAUCUCUUCAUAGAUGCAAUGCUCUUGGUGGCAGAGCGACUGGAAGGACCAUUCAACAUCGAGUCCGUCAUGGAUCCCAUAGAUGUGAAGAUCUCCGAAGCCAUUAUGAACAUGCAAGAAAACAGCAUGCAGGUGUCGGCCAAGGUCUUCCAGGGCUGUGGCCAGCCCAAACCUGCUCCAGCUCUCAGGUCUGCUCGCUCAGCCCCAGAAAAUUUUAACCCACGUUUUCGGCCCUACAACCCCGAGGAACGACCCACCACGGCCGCAGGCACGAGCUUGGACCGGCUGGUCACAGACAUCAAGGAAAAACUGAAGCUCUCUAAAAAGGUCUGGUCGACGUUGCCCUACACCAUCUGCAAGGACGAGAGCGUGACAGCGGGCACAUCCAACGAGGAGGAGUGCUGGAAUGGGCACAGCAAAGCCAGAUACCUGCCUGAGAUCAUGAACGAUGGGCUGACCAACCAAAUCAACAAUCCUGAGGUGGAGGUGGACAUCACCCGGCCCGACACCUUCAUCAGACAGCAGAUCAUGGCUCUCCGCGUGAUGACCAACAAACUGAAGAAUGCGUACAAUGGCAAUGAUGUCAACUUCCAAGACACAAGUGAUGAAUCCAGCGGCUCAGGCAGUGGCAGCGGGUGCAUGGAUGAUGUGUGUCCCACAGAGUUCGAGUUUGUCACCACUGAGGCCCCUGCGGUGGACCCUGACCGGAGAGAAGAGGAAUCUUCGGCGGCGGCCGCGCAGGGCAGCUCCUCCCUUCUUCCGUGGUCUCUGGUCUGCACGGUCCUCGCCCUGCAGAGACUAUACAGAUAAUCGCCGGCUUUGGUCAAACGGAACUGCAUUUUAGCUCUUCAGUGGCCAACUCCCCUCUUUUCUUACACUCUUGGACAAUGGACCAUGCCACAAAAACUCGCCGUUUUCUAUGACCAGAGAGCAGUGUUGCAACCUGCCUCCGUUUUUGUUUUCCCAAAGAGCACCGGGUGCCGGAGGAUCGGCUUCUUUCCUUCAGCUCUCUCUGAGGACCUUGUUUAUUCCAGAGAGAAUUCUUACUCAAAUCUUUCGUACCAAGAGAUUUUUUUCUUACCGUCAUUUGCUUUUAUGCUGCAAAAUUAAAGGGAUUUCACGUUGUGAGGGUUCUUUUUUUCCUAGCACCCCACUUAAAAUAAAAUGAGAUAGGAAGAAAAUAAUUUUCCUUUUCUAAUCAGGCCAAACCCCAAGACAACUGCCUUUUCAACAAGGAAGCAAAUAAAGGAACUCUCAUGCUAUCCGGCUUGGUGAUGACAGCCAGCUCCUCGGGCGAGCUUUUCUGUGACAAGCCAAGUUUACAAAAUGCUUAUGAGGAGGAAGCGUAACAUUUUUUAAUGUAGUGGAAACACGCUGUUGUCUUGGAGGUAUUGUCUUGCACUCUGCCCAAAAUGAUUUGGAGGUACUAAUAGUAAAUUUAGGAUUCUGUCUUUAUAUAAGUAGUAAUCUUACAGCAACUCAAUGCCUCUCUUUCACCUGCCUGAUGCCACAUUCACUGACGGCGGUAUUUUCUCACUCUCCUGACACCUGUCCAUUGUACCAAAUUGGCACCAGUUGUCUUCAGUUCUUCACGGAUGCCCCUGUCAAGUCUCAUUUCUCCUGGGUCUUGCCUAAAAAAAAAAAACAAAAAAAUUAUCUUCAUUGGUACAGUCUCGACUUUCGCCACCAGUCUGAUGUGAAUUAGACUCCUAGUUCCUCUGUUCCUGACUGUCCCCCAGAUAAAAGUUCUCUCACUGACAGUGAUAAUCAGCUCCACACAUGGGUUUCUGUUCUAGACUCUUUGAUUUCUGUCAAUUGGUUUCAGUGUUACAAGGGCAUUCUCUUGCAAAAUAACUCACAACAACAAAAAACUCAAGACAAAAAAAAAGAGAAAAAAACACUAUAUAUAUAGUACUGACAUGGAGAUUUCGUUCACUUUUUUAGUCUUAGUAAUGAUCAUCUAUUUUUAUAUCAAUAUAUAUAUAUAAAUCACAGAUUUUAACUUCUUAAUUCCAAGCUCAGGGUUGACACUCCUUUGUAACAAAACUGUUCUGUCAACCAGGUCUUCUUGUUUUGUGGGGCUCAGAGAAGGGACUCCCCAAGGAUCUGUGAGCACCAAGAAAUCAAGAAAGAGAACUUUUUAUGUAUCUAACUGUUCAUCUAUUCCAAGUUUGCCAGGGCACACCCUUCUCACACAAGUUUGCUCUGUCCCUGUGCUCCAAACUGUCCUGAGCUCAUGGGAUGAGCCCUGGUGUACAGGACGUUACUGGCAAUGGAAUGCGUAUGUGUAAAGAAUGUUAGUCAUGAAAAACCAUUGCUCUCAAGUACAACACCUCUGGCCUAGGACUCCUGCUGUGUACCACAGUAAAUGACCUAAACUCGAGGCCAAUUCUAACCGACCCACAAAGUCAGGCUCAGUGCUUCUCCCAGCAGAGAGAAGCAAAGCAAACCAAACUGGGGUUGUUUGAAGACGGUUGGCUAGCCAUGUGGUUUUGGUUUUGAGGGGAGGGUUAUUCGUUUUGUUUUGUUUUGGGUUUUGGUUUUUACAAUGCAUCUGCAUUAGAGAGAAGAAAUAUUUCAAGACACCACGGCACGCCAAUCACAUCUUAACUGGCUCAUCGACAGUAUUGACACAUAGAUGGUUCUAUCUCUAUUUUCACCAAAAAUGAAAUUAGUUAUCGAUUUAGUCACCAUGUCUAAGUAGAACACAUGCACUAGUAUUAAGCAUAUUUGAGCACUUUUGAAAAACAAAACAUCUUUACCCACAUCAGUUGCUACUGUAUGCCUAACAGAAUACGAAGUGUAGGAUUCUGAGAGACUUUGUGGCAUCUUUCACUUCAGUUUGUGUGAAGUUAAUCCUUAGUCAAAUCCAGAAUUUCAUCCCUCUGGAAAACCAUCCAGUUCACUGCCCCCCUUCGGCUUUUAGUCACCAGUCACAGAUAACAUAUCUCAUUAGUAUUGUUCGUCGCCAAAACUUAUGGUGCAAUACAAAUUAAAGCAACUUUGAUUCUCGAGGAUAUUUGAGUAAUAAUUUUUAGGAUGGAACAUGAAGCUCCAUCUUCCUUUGAGAAAUAUUUCUACAUUUUAUUAUUUCUAUAACAUCCAUCAAGAUUCUUAUUUUUUACUAUGCUUUUGACCCCAUAUGGGUUGUUUUUGCGUGCACCUGACAACACAUUACAUUAAUGAGCGUCAGCCCAUGUUCUGUGCACACUAUUCACACAGCUACUAUAAAAAUGCUUGCUUCCUUCGUUCCAACACCUAUAUUCUCAAAGGUAUUCCUACUGACAAAAUCUACCAGGCGAGAGUUAGAAUGAGGCUUGGCCAACUAAGCCACAUCACUCGUCACCUUGCACGGACAUGGUCAAAAUAUCACUCACUUGAACUUCCUGGUUUUUGUCGUCAUCCAUCAUAUGGGUUUUAGAGUAAUUUAAUGCUCAGGUGUUUUGUUGUUUUUUUCUGUUCCCUCGGCCUUUUCAGUGAGUUUCCCCUUUUCAGUACUGUGGAAUCCUCCUCGCAAACUUGCUUUCUCAUUUUAGCAGCGUGAUAGGGGGUGUGUUCAUGCUCCAUCGCCACUCAUAGCCUCCCCUCAUUUGUGAAGAUGUCCCCUAAAUUCCAUAAUCACCUCAUAAUUUGUGUUAUGAGAGGAAUGGGACCCCAAAAUGGACACUAGAAAUUGGUGGGUGGUGCUCAUAACUGCAAACACUUAGCUUAUUGAAGUGCCUCUAUUUACAUGUUCUUUAGUUAUAAUAUGUAUUUUUCUAACAGAAAUACACGUCUGUAAUUGAUGUUUAUUAUACUUUGUAUAUGUUACAACAAAGGCUACAUGGAGGCUAAUGUCUUCAGCAGAGAAGAAUGAACCGUAAAUUUAUGAAUAGGAGCCCUAUAGUCCUGGAUUGACAGCCAUGAGUCAGCCUUCUGUCGUUGCAGUGAAGGCCAAGUUGGCACUUUGACCACACCAUCGAAGACUGUAGCGCUGGAAGUCUGACUCCCUUACCGUGAUUCACCCAAGGAGGAAGGUGCCAUGAACCACCUCCUCAAAUGUAAGGGGUAGAAGCUACUUUUGUCUGCACUGAAAAACACGAUUCAUUGAUGAGUGGUAGUAAUUUUGAAAGGAGCAUUCUUUAAAUCAAACACAUUGAAAAUAUUGUUGAAUGCAGAACCAUGAAUCCUGAGUUCCAUUCCCUGCUAGAGACAUCAGCCUUCUUCAGUUCUUCUUGCCAUUACACACAUAUUUGGCUACAGACUAAGCACCAACUUAAGUCCUCAAGGAGGAAUACAACUUGGUAAAAUCCUUGCUUGCGAUUCUUUUCUCACCUCUUUCUGCAAGGCUAGUUAUCAGGUAGUUUGACUUUAGGUUUCAAGUGUUAAGAGACACAGGAUUUGACUUCUCCCAACACCUGCAGAUACUCAAGCUCAUUUUCUUUGAUUUACAAUUGCUAACACAUUUAAAUUUUUUUAAAAAAAAAAAAUGUAGCCUUGCAACCAGAAGAGGAAAGUGGUCCGUAAGUUCUAAAUCUGCAAUGUGUUCAUCCUUGGUAGAGACACUAGCCAGUGCUUAGUCUUAGGCCAACUUCUACAAAUAGAGUACUGAUUUGUAUGCACUCUGGAGACUUGCUCUGUCAUGAUUUGCUGCAGCCCAGAUUCAGCUUAGCAUGGGAAUGCUUGGGACUUCACUGGGAGUGGAGUGGAUACUGGAAUCAUUGGCGUGGCCUUGUAAUGGCCAACUCCGUGAGCAACACCUGAUGAAGGCACCACAGUGUAGUCUCUGUGCGCAUAGACAGAACACAUAUGCGGGAGAAAUGUGUGCACCAAUCAAACCUAAAAUUUUAUGUGACUGUCAAAUGACUAUU